UUUAACUAGAGGGAGGUUAUUUCUGAAGGUUAUUAAAAUGAUAUAAAAUCGAGUGGUAAAUAUAAAUGAUAUCAAAUUGUAACUGAUUCAUCAUGAAGACGAUUUUGGUAUUGACUGUGUUGAUAGCCGUUGCUCUGGCUGGUCCGCGCUUGGACGAAAUUAGAGCGGCUGUGAAAGCUUGCGGCGCCGAAUACGAAGGACCAAACAAUUUGAGAACUUUAAUAAUGAAAGAAGACGCCGACAAAGUGAAAUUGGGCGAAAAAAUAUUUUGCAUCAACAAAAAAAUCGGCAUCCAAAAGGAAAACGGCGAUAUCGAUGAAGAGGUGUUCCUGAGAGACUCGCAGGCCAUCGAAGAUGAAAAUAAAAGGAAUAAAUUGAAGGAAUGCAUGAAAAGAAACGGUGCCACGCCAGAAGAAGCCGCUUUUAAUUAUUUGAAAUGUUGCGAAACAACUUUAGAAUCACUCAAACAUUGAAUGUUCAAUAAAAGAAAGCGAGAAUGAUAA